AUGGACGUACCGGAUGAGGGAGUCUUAGACGUGGAUUCUUUAGCCGACGAUGGAUCUGAUGAGGAAUGUGAAGCGCAACCGUCUUCAGGCGCAGCAUCAACACCGACGUCAUGUGCGUCAUCUCCAAGAGGUGAAGAGCCGGCCUCACCUCACGGUGCUAUAUCUCAAACACAAUUUUUUCAUCAAACAUACACUCGCCCUUUUUUCACAUCUGGGCGACGGGGCCCUGGCAGGCCACGAAAAGAAGGUGCUAAAUUGGCACGGGAAGGAAAAAUUGUUAGAAGAUAUAGAGGAGUGCCGGGUACAGUUAGAGGUGCAAAAAGGCAUCGGACUAGUAGAGAUGACGCUUUAGAUGACAUGGGUGAAGAUGACGAUUUCACUAUGCCAGCUCCUGAAGAGCCUCCAUAUACACCAGAAAAAUGGCCGGGCAAAGUUUGUGCUCUAUGCAACCUCAGCGAACGGAGCCAACUUGGGCAAGGGGAAAUGAGACAGUUACCAUGUCAUGUUGAAGAAGAAGGCAAUAUAACGCCAGGAGCAAACUCUGGUGGGGUUACUCCAAGCAGCAUUAGUGGUGGAAUUACUCCUGGUAGUAUUACCCCGACUACACCUACACCUAGUACCCCUACAAACAUGCCGGCUGGAUUAGCCUCACCGCCGCUUGAUAUGAUGGAUGUCAACCUGCAACAAGCUUUACCUUUAAGUAGAAGACAGAAAUCCUUUAAUAAAUGCAAGACUCCACUUUACAACAUGGAACAUACAGAUGAGCUAUCAAUAAUUGGUCAUCUGGAAUCUUUGGAAUUGCCAUCAUUGGUGUCCUUGGGAAUGAUUUAUAUACAUCGCUGUUGCCUGGAAUUCAGCCCGCCUUUUCAAGAUGAGGUGGCAUCGGGGCCUGAUGAUGAUAAAGAACAACUGGAGGAAGCGAGGGUUAAGGGGCUUGUGACUGCUGCUCUAUCGCGAAAAUGUGCCUUCUGCCAGAGGCAUGGGGCAAGCAUACCAUGCAAGAUGAGUUGCAGUAAAUAUUACCAUUUGCCGUGUGUUCUGGCAUCAGGAGGAUUAAUGGAUUUUCAAAAUAAAUCAUCAUUUUGUAAAGAUCACCUUUAUCAAGCUCCACUUGUUGGCACUGCUGAUAUCGACUGUCGCACUUGUCGCACGAUCGGGGAUAUGUCGAAUCUAAUGACGUGUGUGGUUUGUGGUGGACAUUAUCACGGGACUUGUGUCGGUCUUUCACAAUUACCGGGCGUGCGUGCGGGUUGGUCAUGUCGCUCCUGCCGCGUGUGCCAAGUGUGUCGGGGCGAAGCCCUAGGUGGGCCGGAGUCUCGUGCCGUGACGUGUGAGCAAUGCGAUAAGCUCUACCACGCGAUAUGUUUGCGGCCCGUUAUGGCUACUGUACCCAAGUAUGGCUGGAAGUGUAAGUGCUGUCGGGUGUGUUCCGAUUGUGGUUCCCGAUCACCCGGGGCUGGUCCUUCGUCCCGAUGGCACGCUCACUAUACUGUGUGUGACUCGUGCUACCAACAACGGAAUAAGGGGUCUUGUUGCCCUCUGUGCCGCCGGGCUUACCGGGCGGCGGCGUAUAGAGAUAUGAUACGCUGUGUUGCUUGCAGGCGGUUUGUUCAUGGUAUGUGCGACCCUGAAGCGGAUCCGCAACAAUACAGACUGAAAAAGGAACAAAAUCCAACGUAUGACUACACGUGUCCUCUUUGUAAGACUCAAAUGCUAGCUUCGAAGUCUGGAUCGUUUGAUGACGACAACAUGGCUUCGACAUCCCAAGAUUCGUCCUUUGGCGAUGAGAAUUCACAAGAACAAGAUCCACUCGCCAUUGAACCUAAGACCGACAUUGGGCUCGGCAAAGGAAAACCGUUCUCGGUAUCAUCGAAAGUGGCGAAGAAGAAAAUUGGUGGUUUCAAGCUAAAGGGCGGGUUCCCUCCGGCCGGAAAAAUGGGUUUUAAAAAGCGCCAACGUUCUGUUUUGGAGUUUGGUAGGAAACGAGGCUCGAAACCCAAGAUGAGGGGAGUUUUCGGUGUCCCCGGACUUGGACUGCAAAGGCCACAGGCUCCGGACAAUAAAGCUCCUGAAGACGAUCCAGGAGUGGAAAACAAGUUAGUUCUUUGUUCGAGUAAAGACAAGUUUGUGCUGACUCAAGAUUUAUGUGUAAUGUGCGGCGCAAUUGGAACCGAUUCGGAGGGUUGUCUCAUUGCGUGUGCACAGUGUGGGCAGUCUUAUCACCCUUACUGUGUUAAUAUCAAGGUAUCUCAAGUGAUAGUAUCGCUCGGCUGGCGUUGCCUGGACUGUACGGUGUGCGAAGGCUGCGGGUCUCGAGCUGAUGAUGGAUUACUUGUGCUCUGCGAUGAUUGCGAUACGGCCUGGCAUACCUAUUGUGCGCGGCCGCAAUUGCCUGAGGUACCACGAGGUGCUUGGCGCUGCGAGCGGUGUCGAAGAUGUCUCGUUUGUGGUACAAGAGAUACUCAAUUAUGGUGUGAUAAUUAUACUGAAUGCGCUCCAUGUGCAUCGCUAGUGAUGUGCUGCGUUUGUUCGGAGCCGUAUUCAGACGGCGAAUUGAUAAUUCAAUGCGUGCCAUGCGCUCGUUGGUUGCACGCUGCCUGCGACGGUGUACGCUCGGAGGCGGACGCUGAAGUUUGCUGUCGGUCUGGAUACAAAUGCUGCUUAUGCCGGGGCCGAGACAUCCCCCCACCGCAUUUAGCGAGAGCCAUCGAAGCACCGUCAAAGCCAGCGGGACAGUUGACAGCCCUAGCACUGGGGUUGGCUGGAGAAUACUAUGUUGAUGAUGUAUGUCUGUCACAACGCGGUGCACAUCAUAUGAAACAGCUAGAAGCUGAACUCGGAAUUACCCAUACGAGACGCAAGCGCCGGUUCAAGCAUGAAAAUAAUGAGAAAGAUGCCGAAAUAAUGGCAUCUAUUGAAACAGUGGUUCAGAACGCAGAAGGGGAUGGUGAUGACGGCAAACCUGACACUACUACUGAAGUUAAAGAGGAGCCAGGUUUAUCGACAAACGCCAAUCUAAAGGAGGGAAUCCUAUGGAACGUAUCGAACGAUGGUCCGGUACCAGAGGGAUUUACGAUUUACACAACCGAUUCGGGUCUUACAGUACUUAGAAGAAAGAGACAGCGUAAUCUCAAUAAACUCGGUAUAGGCGGGUUCGUUGUGCGACAGAGACAAACGACGCUCAAAGCUCAAGCAGAUGAAGACAACGAUGGGACACAAAAUGCAGAAUCUCCUAGCAACAAGCGCAAGCCUCGUCGUAAGCCGCGCUCCAAACUCAUGGAACAGUUUCCCUCAUACAUGCAAGAGGCAUUCUUUGGCAAAGAUCUCCUGGAACCGAAGCCUGCAGGUGAUGAAAACGGUCAACGGUCCCCAGAAUUGGGUGCGUUUGAAAAUUCUGACUCGGACGGUGAGGACGUGCUCACGGCGUUGUGCACGUACACGGAGCGACAUACCACGUCCUUUAUAACGCUUAAUCAGGACGAAAAAGAAGUACUCGGCACGCUAAAGCCAAAAGAAGAAAAGGAAGAUUCCUUCAGCUCAAUAACAGACAUCAAAAUAAAGACAGAAGGCGCUGAAGACUGUCAAUUGAAGCAUACAGAAGAUUCCACCGCACUCAAAAAUGCCAUAUUGGGUCCCCAUCACACUGAAAUGGACCAGGGAGUGUCGACAACUGAUGGAGUGCCUCCGGUACCGCCAAAGACGGAACCAAAUACUGAUAAUGCAUCGUCGUCACAACCGGCUAUAUCGCCAAAGGACGAGUUGUCUCUGCUUGGAGUAAACUUGGACGCGAUGGUCCGUGACACAUUACCGGACAUGGACAGUAAUGACGUCGAUGAAAUAUUUAAGGGUGUGCUGACUGAUGAUUCGCAGGAAUCUCAAGAGUCGUCGGUGUCGUACGUUAAUUCGAUGGCAGGUACGCCUUAUUCCCAACAAAGGCAGCAGCUGCAAAGUCCAAUGGAGUAUGCAUCACCUUAUCAUCACACAGACUUUGGUAGCAGUGGUAGCAGCGCCCUAAGUCCGCUGUACUCUGAAAGCGGAUCAGGCGGCGGAAGCGUGAGCGGAAAUGGAGCGGGUAACUGGCCUGAGUCUAGCGCUCCACCGCCUUCGUACAACCAGCGAAGUGCUGAUAAGAUGCGGGCUGAUGAAAGCCUAGGUUCCGCAGCGACAAUAUCAGCCGUCCUCUACGCCAACACAAACCAUCCCGAAUGGAAGAGCGAGUUCCCGAACUGGGUGGAUCGAUGCAAGCAAAUACUUAAGAAGUGGCGCGCCCUACCUGCAGAGCAAAAGGCGCCCUAUUUGCAACGCGCGAGGGACAAUAGGAGCGCAAUUCGCAUGAAGAAAGCCCAACAGACUAGUUGUAUUCGCGAAAUUGGAUCACCAAUGGACGUAAUGAGCGAUUGGUUGGGGCAGAGUUCGAGCGGACCGAACGAGGAGCCGGCGACAUCACCGGCACCCGUUAACGUGACGACUGUCAGUGGGGUCGGCGUGACAGGGGUGUCGGGCGUGACAGGAGUGACUGGAGUGACGGGAGUAACAGGAGUGGCAGGAGUGACUGGCGUGACGGUGAACACGGUGCGAGCGCCCAACGUGACAGUGACGGCGGGCGGACUCCUGGAGGCGGAUUCUCAUAUCCGCGUGCUGACCCCUUCGGAGAUUAUGCGCACGCUGCCCCGGCUAGCUAACGCACCUCCCGCACCGACACGCAACACGGUACCCUCGCGACACUUGCCCCGUCCCAAGCACUUACACUACCCUUUAUUCCUACCCGCACACACUAGCAUUUCAAUGACAGCCACUCUUAGUAAAGUGAAACGCUAA